CGAUAAUUAAAAAUGAAAAGUAGGGAAGAUUCAGUUUCUAUAAGGAGUGAUGAAUAAUCACUAGAUUUGGAUUGUAGAAUAAUGCAACCAAAGUUUAAAUAGCAAGAUUAUGAUACUUAUUAAACAGAAACCAGUACAUCUGUAUAUAAAAGAAUAAUGGAGAUUAAGUGUAGUUCAAGUGAGUAUAAAUUUAAGACAGAUCAUGAAACUAUUUAAUCAAUGAAUAAAUAUAGAUGUAAUAGGAAGUUAAGUGAUUGUUAAUAAUUUGGAUUAAAUGAAGAAUAGACAGGAAAUGAGUAAUGUGUUAAUUAAAAUUUCAAUAUUGUAUUGGAAAAGGAAAAGAAAAGAAAGAAAAAAAAUAAAAAUGGAUCAUUAUAUUCUGUAAAAAGUUAAUCAUAAUCUCCAAUUAUGAAUAAUAAGAAUUAAUAAAUCUAAUUAUUAGAAACAUAAUCUAAAAAGUCUCAACGAUCAAUAAAUAAAAGUUCAACAUUUAAUAAAUCAAGAAAAGGAAUGAGUAAUUCUCAAGAAAAGAAGAUUGGUUUAACCUUAGACUAUUAGCCAAUAAGAAUAGUAUAGAGAUCUAAUUAUUUGGCCAAUUAAUUUGAUUAAUUUAAGGAUCCAAUCUAAGAAAAGUUAAGUAUAAAUUAGUUGAAUAGAUAUUCUUUAAAUGAAAGUAAAUUAGGAUAGUCGUAUAGGGGUACAAAUAAUUUCUUAUUGAUGACAUAGUAACCGAAAAGUAUAUUAAAGAGUAAAUCAGUUUGUAGUGAAAGUAGUAAUGGAGAUAAUAGUAGUAGAUAUAAAUCAAUAAAAUCAUCAAUUUUUAAAAAAGUUACAUUUGAGUCAAUUAAAGGUUAAAAUAUGAAAUAAUCUCUAAAGAAUUUAUAAUAAUAAUAAUAAAAAUUGGUAAUAAUAUAAUGA